CCUGAAGGCAGAAACAGCCUCCUCACCCACGCUCUUCUCCGGCUUGACAGGCAACCUUCCUGCCAGCCCGUUCCCAACCAGCCUGGUGCUGGGGUCCUCUGCCAGCGGUGGGGACGUGUUCAUCCAGAUGCCGGGGUCCAGGGAGGAAGGAGGGGGCCGGGGCGAGGGGGGCACCUACCACCACCGCCAGCCCCACCACCACUUCCACCAUGGUGGCCACCGUGGGAGCUCCCUGCUGCAGCACGUGGGUGGGGACCACCGAGGACACUCGGAGGAGGGGGGUGAUGAGCAGCCAGGGACACCUGCCCCUGCCCUGUCUGAGCUGAAGGCUGUGAUCUGCUGGCUCCAGAAGGGACUCCCCUUCAUCCUGAUCCUCCUGGCCAAAGUGUGCUUCCAGCAUAAGCUCGGCAUCGCUGUGUGCAUCGGGAUGGCCAGCACCUUCGCCUAUGCCAACUCCACACUCCGAGAACAGGUCUCUCUCAAGGAGAAGAGGUCGGUGCUGGUCAUCUUGUGGAUCUUGGCCUUUCUGGCAGGGAACACUCUAUAUGUGCUCUACACAUUCAGCUCCCAGCAGCUAUACAACAGCCUUAUAUUCCUGAAGCCCAACCUGGAGACUCUGGACUUCUUCGACCUGCUGUGGAUUGUGGGGAUCGCAGACUUUGUGCUGAAGUACAUCACCAUCGCCCUCAAGUGCUUCAUUGUGGCCCUGCCCAAGAUCAUCCUGGCUGUCAAGUCUAAGGGAAAGUUCUAUCUGGUCAUCGAGGAGCUGAGCCAGCUGUUCCGGUCACUCGUCCCCAUCCAGCUGUGGUACAAAUACAUCAUGGGUGAUGACUCCUCCAACAGCUACUUCCUGGGAGGGGUCCUGAUCAUUCUCUACAGCCUCUGCAAGUCAUUCGACAUCUGUGGCCGCGUGGGUGGAGUUAGGAAAGCCCUGAAGCUUCUGUGCACCUCUCAGAAUUAUGGAGUCCGAGCCACUGGGCAGCAGUGCACAGAAGCCGGUGAUAUCUGUGCCAUCUGUCAGGCCGAGUUCCGAGAGCCUCUAAUUCUCCUGUGCCAGCACGUGUUCUGUGAGGAGUGCCUCUGCCUGUGGCUGGAUCGUGAGCGCACCUGCCCACUCUGCCGCUCGGUUGCUGUGGAUACCCUGCGCUGCUGGAAGGAUGGGGCCACCUCGGCACAUUUCCAGGUGUAUUAGGGCUAAACACUGAGGACACACGGGAGAUGUUGGAAAGUGAGUGUUCCUGGAUCCAUCCAUGGGGGCUUCCUGGAAAAAAGCCUCAAGCACUGACAUCCUGCCUCCUGCCGUCCAGCACCUCCGACCCCAAAGCCAGGCCCCUGUUCCCCUGACCUUCACCUUCCUCUCUUGUUCUUUGUGCAGUGUGUGCGCCCUUCCACUAUGAAUAGGGAAGUCCUCCAGACUCAGACUUGAUCUUCUCCCAGGUAGUUCUUCCAUUUCCCCUCCAAGUCAAGGAACUGGUAAUUUGUGAAGUUCCCACCUGCUGGUUAUUUUAACCGAGCACUAGUACUCAGUACUUGAUGCUGCAAACUCCGGAAGAGCCUGGAGAUAACUCCCUCCCCCAAAGAGCCCAGGUCUGCAGAUUAAAACCACUGUGAAGUGUUUUGAAAAUACAAAUGCUGGGCCCCACCCUAUACCUGUUCAGGUUGAGUAUCCUCUAUCUGAAAUGCCUGGGACUAGAAGUGUUUCAGAUUUUGGAUUUCUUCGGAUUUUGGAAGAUUUGCAUUACACUUACUGGUUGAACAUCCCUUAUCUGAAAUUCCAAAAUCCGAAAUGCUCCAAUGAGCAUUUUCUUUGAGCAUGACCUGUGAACAUAUUCCCCCUUCCCUGCUCAAUUUUUGGAUGUUGGAGCAUUUCAGAUUUCGGAUUCCCAGAUUAGGGGCGCUCAACCUGUAAUAACUUAAUGUACCAAACACGUAGUGUGUACCAGGCACAGCAUUGAGAACCCUGUUUGGAUUACCUCCUGUUGUCCUCACAACGGCCCUAUGAUGGAGGUACUGUUGAUUCCCCCAUUUUACAGGUGAGGAAACUGAGGCACAGAGCUUGGUGUGGCAACUUUUCCAGGGUCACCCAGCUAGCAAUGGCAGAUGGAGUUUCUAACACUGGCUUGGUCUGGCUUCAGAGUCUGCACACCGUGCUGGUGUGCUGCUCAGACACUCCAGGCAUGGGGCCCAGCAGACAUGGUUUGUUAAAAGCACAAGAGGUGAUUCGAUACCCAUUCCUGGUUGAGAACCAGUGGCCCAGCUGCAUAGCUUAUUCAACACAAACUGCAUUGAUAAUACAGUGAAUGCUAGCUCCUGAAAUCUGCUAUUUGUGUCCAGAGAAAGACUUGGCCCUUAAAAUUGUUAUUCUCCUGGUCUCUGGCUGGGAUGCUUAAUCCCAUUUGGGUAUCAAGAAAUGUAAACUUUGGCCC